AUGACGUCUUUCAACGACGAGCUGAAAUGUGAGAAUUUGAAAAAGGUGAGUCAGACGCUGUUGGACGUUGACAAGUCAAGGAAUGUUGACGGAGCCGUGGAAGGGAAAGUGGAUAGAGCUGAUGGGGUCAACGGCCAAGGAUGCAGAGCGAUGGAUGAGGGAAGGGAAAAAGGCACGGAAGAGAAGCACAAACCUGGAGGGCAAUUAAUGCCCGUCAAUGUGGGCGACGGAGCCUUAGCGUCAAUCAGGCGUGGACGGACAAAUGGCGGGCGGACGCCGGCGGAUGGCGGGGACUGCGGAUGGGGACCGUUGACUUGUGGAGCUGAGUUACAGGACCUGUUGGGUCAUCAAAGCACUGGUGAGGGGGGAGGAUGGUUGAGGCUAAACCCAAGGAACAAGCGAGGAAGAGAAGAGAUGAUGGUUAGAACCAGCGAUGGCUGUGUAUGGAACGAAACACGACAAGAAUACGACGUGACCUCCUCUUUUCUUCCCGGUACUUUCUCGUGCCAGGACACAGGAUGGGUCUUAUGUGAUGACCGGUCAAGGUGGUUUGCUUUGAUGACUCUUCGAACCGACACUAGCCUGGCACAGCUUCGGAACGCUACUGGUGAAGGAAGUAGCCUAGUCAAGGGAGGCGUAGUAAAUGGAAAAGGGAAAAGGCCUCAGACGGAGUGGAGAUGGCGAUGCUGCUGGCAAAUAGACGAAGCGCUGUACGGGAUGGAACCACUGGAGGAAGGAGGAGGGGAACUUCUUGGAACGGAUGGAGAUGCCUUGGUUGAAGAAUGA